AUGUCAGAACGUACAAAUCGCGGGGCUCUUAUUGUCGUCGAAGGCUUGGAUCGAGCAGGAAAAUCAAGCCAGUGCGAAUACCUGCGCGACUACCUGCAAGAGUCGGGUCACCCGGUAAAAUACAUUCGCUUUCCAGACCGCACCACAGCCACUGGCAAACUAAUUGACGGCUAUUUACGUGGUCAGUCGCAGUUAGAUGACCAUUCUAUCCAUCUUCUCUUUUCUGCCAACCGCUGGGAGAUAAGUAAGGUUAUUGAAGAAGAUAUAGCCAAUGGGAUCACUGUGAUCGUGGACCGCUACUCCUACUCAGGUGCUGUAUACUCUGCCGCAAAAGGGAAUCCAUCUUUAUCCCUUGAAUGGGCAUGGCAGCCUGAAAUUGGCCUUCCUCGACCAGAUAUGUGCCUUUUCCUCCGAAUCUCACCUGGAGAGGCUGCAAAGCGGGGUGGGUUUGGUGCGGAGCGGUAUGAGAAUGAAACCAUGCAAAGCCGUGUGCGCGAGCUCUUCCAGGCUUUAUUUGACUUGCAACCAACUGGCGACAUCCACAUUAUCGAUGCGGGGAGAUCAUUCCAAGAAGUAUCGGAAGAAAUCCAGGAGAAAGCAACUGACUGCAUAGCACAGAUUACUGGGCCUUUGCGGAAAUUUGACACUAUUGUAGCUUGA